AUGCCUAGGGCUGUUCAUCGUUGCCAGUCAGAGGAGUCUGAGUCGGACAUUCUGAGUGCCCCCUGGAAAAGGCACGUUGGACACACAAACACACACAGUGUGUGCUUUGCUGACGAGGAGAGAACAAUGAGCUGUGCAGAACUCAAAUUUCACCUCCUCAGUGUUGGUGAUCUACCUGCGACAGUAGACAGUAUAGUCGGCUGCCUGCCCAAACUGCAUUACCCAGAGGUCACUGGCUGCUCUGUCUCUGCUCCACCCCAAGGUAACUGCUCUAGCUCCGCUACCAAGCCCAGCAGCUAGGGCUGUGACGGCCAUGGAAUUUUGGAUGAUGGUUAUUGGCCAGCCAAAUGACCGCAGUCUCUGUAAAAACUGCUCGACACACAUUUUUAACUCUCCUCUGCUCCUGACUGCAUGUGCUGUCAUAAAAAUAGAAUGAAUAGAACGGGUGUCCCAAUUCCAGUCAAUGAUGGCAUAAUAGGUGGAUUGGCGGCCAUUGCGAGGAAAAAAAGCAGGAAGUGUACCCAUCAAUAUGUGCUGUGAUUUUUUGAUUCAACUCAACUAACAUCACAAAAAAGACAUUCCCUUGCAUGAGCCAAAUCAGUUAACAUCAUUUAAAUGAACAUUCUACAUUACCAUAUAAAUUAUUUCAUCACAAUACCAGGCGAGUGUGCCCAUGAGUUUACCAGUCAAAUUGCCCCACGAUUGCCCGGCCGUCCCGUCUUCAGUCAGUUGUUUGUUCCCAGAAACUAAAGUCAUACAAAAAAAACUAACUGUCGGUUACACAGGUGUAUGGUAAUUGUUCCAGCCCUACCAGCAGCUGGAAGUGAAAUACAAUUCCAUUUCAACUUACUGUGCUGGUGGCCAGGACGGUUGGUCAUUAUGACGGGGAAUUUGAGACAAAAUAUCUAAAGGAUCAUAUUAUUAAACAGACUUUCCAAACGUGGGUCUGUUUACCUCAUGUCAAAAUAAAAAUCACACACAAGCUAUUCCUUUUUUGUCCACAUAUGUCCACAACAGACCCACGUUUGGAAAUUCUGUUUAAUAAUACGAUCCUUCAGAUAUUUUGUCUCAAAUUCCCCCCGUCAUAAUGACCAUCCUGCCUACUGGCACAGUAAGUUGAAAUGGAAUUGUAUUUCAUUUCUGGCUUCACACAGACUGUUUUAGUGCAACCCAAUACAAUUGAAAGCAACACUAGUGUAUGUAAAUACACCCGCAUUGCUAAAAGCACCUACUCCCCUGUCUGGUUUAACUUGACAACCCCACACACCCAAAACAUCCUUGUCCUCCUGUCUGUAUAACCAUAGAAAGACGGAAAGAAAGUGUCAAUGAUUUGAGUGUGAAAAGAAAGUUAGUUAUGGAGUUUAAUGUUCAUGUUGUGGACAGACUAAAAGUUGAUGUGUAUGUGUUGUUGGAAAUGGGAAUGAAUGGACAGUCCUUGGAGACUACGCUUGUUGGGGACAAUUAUUUGAGUGGCUGUGAAAGGGUGGGGUGUCUUUUGGAUGCCUAAGGUCAAACACAGACAGGACAUUGGAUAAGAGUUAGGAUGUUUGGGAUGCCUUUAGAAGGUUCUUGGACAUAAGGGAAGGGCGGGGACACCAGAAGUGCUAAGAAUGUCUACUCCGUCCAACUCCGUCUCAGACAGGAAGUGGUCAUGAGGGACAGGAUGUUGCUCUGCGGAAAGGAAGGGGUGGAAGGAAAGGGUGUACAUGUACAGUUGAAGUCGGAAGUUUACAUACACCUUAGCCAAAUGCAUUUAAACUCAGUUUUUCACAAUUCCUGACAUUUAAUUCUAGUAAAUAUUCCCUGUCUUAGGUCAGUUAGGAUCACCACUUUAUUUUAAGAAUGUGAAAUGUCAGAAUAAUAGUAGAGAGUGAUUUAUUUCAGCUUUUAUUUCUUUCAUCACAUUCCCAGUGGGUCAGAAGUUUACAUACACUCAAUUAGUAUUUGGUAGCAUUGCCUUUAAAUUGUUUAACUUGGGUCAAACGUUUCGAGUAGCCUUCCACAAUCUUCCCACAAUAAGUUGGGUGAAUUUUGACCCAUUCCUCCUGACAGAGCUUGUGUAACUGAGUCAGGUUUGUAGGCCUCCUUGCUCGCACAAACUUUUUCAGUUCUGCUUGCAAGCAACCCCCUUUUUCCUCCAAACAUAACGAUGGUCAUUAUGACUAAACAGUUAUAUUUUUGUUUCAUCAGACCAGAGGACAUUUCUCCAAAAAGUACGAUCUUUGUCCCCAUGUGCAGUUGCAAACCGUAGUCUGGCUUUUUUAUGGCGGUUUUGGAGCAGUGGCUUCUUCCUUGCUGAGCGGCCUUUCAGGUUAUGUCGAAAUAUGACUUGUUUUACUGUGGAUAUAGAUACUUUUGUACCCGUUUCCUCCAGCAUCUUCACAAGGUGCUUUGCUGUUAUUCUGGGAUUGAUUUGCACUUUUCGCACCAAAGUACGUUAAUCUCUAGGAGACAGAACGCGUCUCCUUCCUGAGCAGUAUGACGGCUGCGUGGUCCCAUGGUGUUUAUACUUGCGUACUAUUGUUUGUACAGAUGAACGUGGUACCUCUUCAGGCGUUUGGAAAUUGCUCCCAAGGAUGAACCUGAGGUCUUGGCUGAUUUCUUUUGAUUUUCCCUUGAUGUCAAGCAAAGAGGCACUGAGUUUGAAGGUAGGCCUUAAAAUACAUCCACAGGUACACCUCCAAUUGACUCAAAUGAUGUCAAUUAGCCUAUCAGAAGCUUCUAAAGCCAUGACAUAAUUUUCUGGAAUUUUCCAAGCUGUUUAAAGGCACAGUCAACUUAGUGUAUGUAAACUUCUGACCCACUGGAAUUGUGAUACAGUGAAUUAUAAGUGAAAUACUCUGUCUGUAAACAAUUGUUUGAACAAUUACUUGUGUCAUGCACAAAGUAGAUGUCCUAACUGACUUGCCAAAACUAUAGUUUGUAAACAAGAAAUGUGUGGAGUGGUUGAAAAACUAGUUUUACUGACUCCAACAUAAGUGUAUGUACACUUCCGACUUCAACUGUAUACAUACAUUAUGUGUGUGUGUGUGUGUGUGUGUGUGUGUGUGUGUGUGUGUGUGUGUACACUACCGGUCAAAAGUUUUAGAACACCUACUCAUUCAAGGGUUUUUCUUUAUUUUUUACUAUUUUCUACAUUGUAGAAUAAUAGUGAAGACAUCAAAACUCUGAAAUAACACAUAUGGAAUCAUGUAGUAACCAAAAAAUUGUUAAACAAAUCCAAAUAUAUUUUAUAUUUGAGAUUCUUCAAAUAGCCACCCUUUGCUUUGAUGACAGCUUUGCACACUCUUGGCAUUCUCUCAACCAGCUUCAUGAGGUAGUCACCUGGAAUGCAUUUCAAUUAACACGUGUGCCUUCUUAAAAGUUAAUUUGUGGAAUAUAUUUCCUUCUUAAUGCAUUUGAGCCAAUCAGUUGUGUUGUGACAAGUUAGGGGGGAUAUACAGAAGAUAGCCCUAUUUGGUAAAAUACCAAGUCCAUAUUAUGGCAAGAACAGCUUAAAUAAGCAAAGAUAAAUGACAGUCCAUCAUUACUUUAAGACAUGAAGGUCAGUCAAUAUGGAAAAUGUCAAGAACUUUGAAAGUUUCUUCAAGUGCAGUCGCAAAAACCAUCAAGCGCUAUGAUGAAACUGGCUCUCAUGAGGACCGCCACAGGAAUGGAAGACCCAGAGUUACCUCUGCUGCAGAGGAUAAGUUCAUUAGAGUUACCAGCCUCAGAAAUUGCAGCCCAAAUAAAUGCUUCACAGAGUUCAAGUAACAGACAUCUCAACAUCAACUGUUCAGAGGAGACUGUGUGAAUCAGGCCUUCAUGGUCGAAUUGCUGCAAAGAAACCACUGCUAAAGGACACCAAUAAUAAGAAGAGACCUGGGUCAAGAAACACGAGCAAUGGACAUUAGACUGGUGGAAAUUUGUCCUUUGGUCUGGAGUCCAAAUCAGAGAUUUUUGGUUCCAACUGACGUGUCUUUGUGAGACGCAGUGUGGGUGAACGAAUGAUCUCCGCAUGUGUAUUUCCCACCGUAAGGCAUGGAGGAGGAGAUGUUAUGGUGUGGGGGUGCUUUGCUGGUGACACUGUAUGUGAUUAACCAGCAUGGCUACCACAGCAUUUUGCAGCGAUACGCCAUCCCAUCUGGUUUGGUCUUAGUAGGACUAUCAUUUUUGUUUUUCAACAGGACAAUGACCCAAUACACCUCCAGGCAGUGUAAGGGCUAUUUUACCAAGAAGGAGAGUGAUGGAGUGUUGCAUCAGAUGACCUGGCCUCCACAAUCACCCGACCUCAACCAAAUUGAGAUGGUUUGGGAUGAGGCGGACCGCAGAGUGAAGGAAAAGCAGCCAACAAGUGUUCAUCAUAUGUGGGAACUCCUUCAAGACUGUUGGAAAGGCAUUCCAGGUGAAGCUGGUUGAGAGAAUGCCAAGAGUGUGCAAAGCUGUCAUCAAGGCAAAGGGUGAAUAUUUAAAGAAUCAAAUAUAAUAUAUUUGGAUUUGUUUAACACUUUUUGGGUUACUACAUGAUUCCAUAUGUGUUAUUUCAUAGUUUUGAUGUCUUCACUAUUAUUCUACAAUGUAGAAAAUAGUAAAAAAUGACCGGUAGUGUACAGUCGUGGUCAAAAGUUUUGAGAAUGACACAAGUAUUGGUCUUCACAAAGUUUGCUGCUUCAGUGUUUUUAGAUAUUUUUGUCAGAUGUUACUAUCGUAUACUGAAGUAUAAUUACAAGCAUUCCAUAAGUGUCAAAGGCUUUUAUUGACAAUUACAUUAAGUUUAUGCAAAGACUCAAUAUUUGCGGUGUUGACCCUUCUUUUUCAAGACCUCUGCAAUCCGCCCUGGCAUGCUGUCAGCUAACUUCUGGGCCACAUCCUGACUGAUGGCAGCCCAUUCUUGCAUAAUCAAUGCUUGGAGUUUGUCAGAAUUUGUGGGUUUUUGUUUGUCCACCCGCCUCUUGAGGAUUGACCACAAGUUCUCAAAAAAAAAAAAAAAGUUCUCAAUGGGAUUAAGGUCUGGGGAGUUUCCUGGCCAUGUUUUGUUCCCGAGCCACUUAGUUAUCACUUUUGCCUUAUGGCAAGGUGCUCCAUCAUGCUGGAAAAGGCAUUGUUCGUCACCAAACUGUUCUUGGAUGGUUGGGAGAAGUUGCUCUCGGGGGAUGUGUUGGUACCAUUCUUUAUUCAUGGCUGUGUUCUUAGGCAAAAUUGUGAGUGAGCCAACUCCCUUGGCUGAGAAGCAACCCCACACAUAAAUGGUCUCAGGAUGCUUUACUGUUGGCAUGACACAGGACUGAUGGUAGCACUCACCUUGUCUUCUCCGGACAAGGUUUUUUCUGAAUGCCCCAAACUAUCGGAAAGGGGAUUCAUCAGAGAAAAUGACUUUACCCCAGUCCUCCGCAGUCCAAUCCCUGUACCUUUUUUUUUUUUCUCCAGCCUUGUCCUCGUCAACACUGUCACCUGUGUUCACGAGAGAAUCACUGACAUGAUGUCAGCUGGUCCUUUUGUGGCAGGGCUGAAAUGUAGUGGAAAUGUUUUUUGGGGAUUAAAGAGGGACUUUGCAUUAAUUGCAAUUCAUUUGAUCACUCUUCAUAACAUUCUGGAGUAUAUGCAAAUUGCCAUCAUAAAAACUGAGGCAGCAGAUUUUGUGAAAAUUAAUAUUUGUGUCAUUCUCAAAACUUUUGACCACGACUGUACAUUAACACAGACUAUGCCUACACUACUCCACCUAGAAUGGUUUGAGUUUACAUUACAUGUAUGUUUGUCUAAAAUUAGCCUAUACCAUUGUGUUUUACAUUGGUGCACAAAAUGCUGUUGUAUGUAGGCCUGUAACUAGUGGCCUGAUCAGAGGAUGAGCCCCUCAUUGUAUGUAGGCCUGUAACUAGUGGCCUGAUCAGAGGAUGAGCACAUCAUUGUAUGUAGGCCUGUAACUAGUGGCCUGAUCAGAGGAUGAGCACAUCAUUGUAUGUAGGCCUGUAACUAGUGGCCUGAUCAGAGGAUGAGCACAUCAUUGUAUGUAGGCCUGUAACUAGUGGCCUGAUCAGAGGAUGAGCACAUCAUUGUAUGUAGGCCUGUAACUAGUGGCCUGAUCAGAGGAUGAGCACAUCAUUAGGGAGAGGGGGGGGUGUGGGUCGAGGAUUCCUCAAGUGUGUAUGAGUUAGGGCCUCCUAGCUCUGAGCCCCAAACCCUCCAUCAGUGGCUCUGUGUGUGUGUGUGGUUGGGUGGUAAGGCUGCCCAUCCUUUACUGUACCUUCAUUUACUUUGAACAUUAUUGUAGUGAUGUAGCCAUGUUGAUGGAAACGGUGGUCUCUGAAGUAGGGAGAGAGCAGCCAGACCAAGGGUGCAUCCCAAAUGGUACCUUAUUUCCUAUCUGGUCAAAAGUAGUGCACUAGGGAAUAAGUGGCUAUUGAUGAUGCAAGCCAGAUAGGCUGUAGGGACUCUGGGUAGAGCAGACCAGAUAGUUCUGCCUGGGACCAGAAACAGCCCCAGGGAGGGGUGCGGGGCUUGUCCCUAGAGCCAUGGGAGCAGACAGAAAAGGAGCAAGGGGGGGGUAUGCUAAUGAGGACACGCCACAUUCUCUCUGAGGGGGCAUUGUAUGGAAUAACGUAAUCCUCUCCUCUCUGGGCUGGGGGGAAUAUUUUUUUAACCCCUCUGGUCUCGCUCUCUCACGAGCUCUUUCUCUCACUCUGCUCUGUUUAUAGCUUAUACCUCAGCCCCCCCCUUCAUUACCCUGCAAACCAGCAUAUAAACACUUGUGGCCUGGCUGCUCUCUCUGUAUGGUCUGUAACCAUAACGAUAAUCUAGAGUAUGUUGAUAAUCACACAUUUCAUACAUUCCACAGGGCUGUUCAGACGUGACUGCACGUGCUGUUAACUAGCUCUAUCUCAUCUUUAGUCAGUUCUCUAUUAUUGAUGGACCUGGGGGUGUCUAUCUUCACCUUUCUCUCUUAAAGAGACAGAGGGCUACAGGAUACCACUAUGCAGCCUCUGGCCAGAGCUGUGCCACCUUUUGGCAAUGUGUGUGUGUGUGUGUUUAUGUUGAAAAGAAAGUGUGUGUGUUUUGGUGUUACUGGUAUGUAAUGUGCAUUGAUGAAUAGCACAGCAGUCUGGAUGACUUUAUGUCUACAAUUCGUCUUUCUCUCCUUUCUCCCUCCAUCCCUCCCUCUAUCCCCCCGAGUAAAGCACUGGAACACCUGAGAGUGUGUGUGUGUGUGUGUGUGUGUUAAAGUGAGUGAGGCAGAGAGGGUAUCAGAGGACAAAAAACGGCAAUCUCAGGAAAAUAUGAUCGUAUAUACACACACACACACACACACACACACACACACACACACAAAGGGCUCUAUAAGAAGAAAUGGAGAAGCAGACAGAUCUGGUUGUCAGCUCUUUCUCUCUCUCUCUGUCUCUCUCUUAGUCGCUGUCUCUCUCUCUCUCUCUCUCUCUUAGCCUCUCUCUAAAACUGGAACUGGCUCCCGUGUGUGUGUGUGUGUGUGUGUGUGUGUGUGUGUGCAGGAGUCACAUUAACGCAGAAUUCCGAGUCCCCCCCCCCCCUGCGUUUUGUAAACGCAGAUCUAAAAUGCUUCUUAUUGUAAUUUCUGCAUCAGACUACCUUUGUGCUUCAGUUGCACUUCUCCACUCAGAUGACAAUUCACGAACAAGGCAUUCUAUCGGCACACAGUGCUCUGACUGAUGUGGAACUACUUUUCUCUGGUACUUUUCUCGGUUUAGCCUACUUUUCUACGGUAAAAUGCAAGAUUAACUUCAGGCAAAAAAGGAAAUGUAGCUGGCUACAUUCUUUCUAUGAUAACCAUUAGAAAUAAUGUUUAUCAUGACCUUGCUUUUUCAUUGUAAGCUCAUUUACUUGUGUGGCUGCGAUCCAAAUAACGUUGCACUUCUGCGGUAAUCUCAUGAAAAUGAAGCUAUUUUCUGCCGAAUGUGUUGCAGUAAUGUAUUUUCUGUGAAGGAAAACUAUGGUUGCACGCCCCUGAUCACUCUUGAAGCAACAACAAAAAACACUGUUGGCUUUCAAUAUAAAACACAGGUGAAAUGGUUUAAAACACAGAUUUUUUGAUUGUCUGCAUUAUGAAAAUGCUGAUUGCUGAACUCAGCUUGACCCCUGGUGUGUGUGUGGGUGGGUGACAGCCUACAUGAGAGCACACCCAUUCUUAAAGUGCUAAAAAAUGUUUUUCUACACACACACCUUAGUGCUGCUAAAAAUGCACACCACCAAGCACUGACCCAGUCAGUACAGUCAGUACUGCAGGAGCUCCAUCUGCCGCAGUUCUGGCUCAGACAAGGCUUAUCUGCUACCUGUGUAUGUGGUGGCCAAGGUUAAGACUUCCCUGGGAGAGGAACGCUUUCAUUUCCUGAGGAAAUAAAGGGCUAGGGUUAGGGCUAGCUGAAUGAAUUACAUCUACCCUUACACCUCCUCUCCAUUCAUUAACACUGACCGUCCAGCCACCCCUCAGCCACUAGAACUAUAAAUUAUACGUCACGUAACCUGUAACUAACCUCACCUAAACACACCGAGACACACACGGACACACAUACACACGGACACACACACAGAGACACACACAGAGACCCUCUCUCUCCCCUGUCUCUGUCUCUCUUACUUGGAGGAUUCUUCUGAAACGUCAUUCUUUCAGCAGGAGGAUCUGAGAUUUUAUGUUAUUUUUUGUUUUCUCCAACCCCCCCCCCUCCCUCCAGGUAAGCCGCGCUGUGUGGGUGGAGCAGACCGGGUGCAGCUGACAGGUGUGUUUAACGUAAGGAAGGGGAAGCUGGCCCUGCCUGUCAACCGGUGGUCACGACGACACGUCACCCUGAGUGGCACCUGUCUCAUCGUCUCUUCCGUCAAAUACGCUCACACCGGCAAGAUGCACAUCCUGCCCCUCAUCGGUGGAAAGGUACUGAACACACACACCAGGGUUUCCGUUAGAUUUUAAUUUACUGGCCAUUUUUUUUGAAAUUUACCGGACCCAUAUGCAUUGGGUGCAUAACCCAUUAAGGGUGUCCACACACGUGCUCAGAAUUACAGAAAUCACAUUUCGAUUAUGGUAAUGAAUAUUAACAGAACAUGCAACUCCUGUAAUGAAGCAGCCAAUAAAACGUAAUUUGCCAAAAUGCAAUUCGCGUGAAACACCAUUCUAAACAGCACACCUGAUACACAAGCAGUUCCAUAUGUGACAGAGAUGAACAUCUCUGUUUGAAACUUAGGAAGAGGGGGAAUCUAAAGAUGCAACAACUAGGAUGGGUUGCUAUAAUGACUAUGAUUGUGCCUUUGGCUUCUGGACAAUGAAAUAAAGUUGAUAAGAAAACCAGUAGAACAGGAGAGAAAUGGAAUAUGAGGAGGAAGUCUUUCAUAGGCCACAGAGGAAUCAAGGAUCAUUAGCUUCUUUUUAAAAAAUAACAGUGGAUUGUUUCAUAUCACAUGCUUUGUCUAUACUUAUUUGGGAAGCAUGCGUGGCACUAGGCCUAGCUGAUUAGCUGUCAGUGAAAAGCAUCUAAAGUAGCCUAUGUGUGAAGAUAAUGUGUCUUGAGUAUCAUUUAAAACGUUGAGACAAGAAGAAGGUGAGGGGUGUCUGUCUCCAAAAUGCACUCAGCUCUCUCCUGCCAAUUCUUGCUCAUUCAUUGUGUGAAUUUUUUGCCCUUUGAUUGUUUAUGUUGAUCAAUUACUAUUUACAUAUGUCACCAGUAAUAAAUGUACCAUUAAUCCCCGUCAUUUGGUUACAUUAAUUUAUGUUAAUGGAUGUAUAAAUUAGCAUACAGUCAUUUACUGUUCUCAUUCUCAGAGUGGAAACGUUGUUUGCAGAGUUCACGAGCUGCUACACGUGUGAAAAACAAGUUUUGGUUAAUUUCUUAACCAUCAUUUAUAAGUUUUUUUUUUCUUUGUUAGGAGUGUUCCAUGUGAGCAAUGAGCAUGUGUCUGGUUUCUCUGUCUUGUUAAAGUUAAGGGAGUGCGUUUAUAAAAAGUGGAGAUUCAUUUAUAACCAUUGCGUAAAUGUUACACUAAUUAUCUGCUUGCGCUAUUUCUGAAAAGUAUUGAGAUUUAUAUACUUGGCCAUACAUACGCAUGUUUCCCAUUUUAAAAAAUAUGACCUGACAUAAAAGUGUGCGCACGUGAACGAGCAUUAUAACUCAUCAUUCACCUUUUAUGGUGACAAUAACGCCCUUAUUUGCUGUAUACUUUGGAAGUAUUGGAAUUAAACGAACACAGUAUAUCUAAAGGAAAUAGCAAUGGCCAACUUGUGGUCCUCUGUAGCUCAGCUGGUAGAGCACGGCGCUUGUAACGCCAAGGUAGUGGGUUCGAUCCCCGGGACCACCCAUACACAAAAAAAAAAAUGUAUGCACGCAUGACUGUAAGUCGCUUUGGAUAAAAGCGUCUGCUAAAUGGCAUAUUUUGAUCAAAUGUCUUUGGAGGUGUUGGCAGGAUGUUUUCUUUUGCAGUGACAUUUACGGUUUCUGAAAGACAAAAACAAUAGCAAAUUGUUGUGGACCUACAAACAGAUCGUUUGAAUGAAAUGAUGUUUUGCAUUUACUUUCUCCCGAACCUAAAUAUGCUGCACUGCCUGAGAAUUCUGAAACAUAAAACUACAGUAGCCUUACUUACAGUGGUAGCCUACACACUUCAAUGCAAAAUAUCAACUGUCUGUUCACCUUUAUUCUAGUUGGAUACCGCGUCCUUUCGUAUCAAGCGAAAAAGUGAAAUAUAAACCUUCUAAUAGCCCAAUUAAAGAGAGAUUGCAUGGAAUUAAAAUAAAAGUCAAUGUAUUUGUGGAUGUACUUGGAAAUGAUUCAUCAUGGCGAAGUGCAUGUAUGAAUUGUAUUACUAUAAAUCAAUAUUCAGCUACUCGAGAAAGUACUUACAGUAUUCCGACGUUGUCUACAUUUACAUUUACAUUUGAGUCAUUUAGCAGACGAUACAUAAAGUGCUUUCAUGUCUAAACUGUAAAACUGAUAUGUAUGAAAAUACCCUCAAAUAAGUGACAUUCUGCCUCAUACAAAAUAUUUGAUAUAAAAUCCAAAAUGCUGGAGUACACUGCUGAGCCAAUUGAAAAGUUUUAGCUUCACUGUCCAGAUAAACACGAAGGGGAGAGUUUAUUCUAUAUACAGUGAGAGGGAAAAAAAGCACUUGAUCCCCUGCUGAUUUCGCACGCCUGCCCACCGACAAAGAAACGAUCAGUCCACAACCUCAACGGUAGGUCCACUUGAACAGUGAGAGACAGAACAACAACAAAAAAAUCCAGAAAAACGCAUGUCAAAAAUGCUACAAAUUGACCUGCACUUCAAUGAGGGAAAUAAGUACCCGACCCCCUCUCAAUCACAAACGUCAAUGGAAAAGGUGAACCGUCUGUUCUACCGUUAAACUGCGCUUCGGAUCGUAUUGCAUAGAGCAAAAUACUUUUAAAUACUGGUAGCUUAUCGAUUUAACUACUGUGAAGUGGGUCCAAUUAAAUGAGAAAUGAUCGAAUGGUAGCCUAUCCUAACUUGUUGUAGGCCAAUAGGCUAUUUUGCGAGUAUGAAACCGUCAGAGUAAGAAAAGGUGAGGAAUUUAUUCUGCAAUGAUCGUGGAAAUGAAAUAAAUAAUCGGAAAUAGAUUUCUAAUUAUUUUAGAAUGUGAAGAUAAAAUAAAUCGAUUUUCGCUCUUCUUGUUAUUAAAAAUCAGUAUUUUGCAAUGGGAUUGUUUUUUUUUCUCCCGGUCAAUUUGGCCGGUGGCUAACGGAAACCCUGAUACACACACACACACACACACACACACACACACACACACACACUAGGGAUGGGAAAGGUUAUUUGAAUAUCCGAAUGGGCGUUAGUAUUCGAUUACUUGUGUGAAAUAUUAAUUAGAGAAAAACAUUUAUAGACUAGGUCUAAAUUAACAAUGAAAAGGCGUUGUCUAAAUUAAAUUAAAAUAGCCAUGUGACAUUGUUACAUACAAGGAUAUUCCAUAACAUUUGAAAUGUAUUAAUUUUAUAAAACAAACUUUUGAAUGUAGUUUUUAUGAUAUGCAACCCAUAAAAAAAAUAAGACUGGUAGCCUUCAAGCAUGUAGCUUGUUGUUUUGUCAGCCAAUCAAAGCGGCACUACAGUCAGAGGCUCUAUGUUGAGUGGAGUUGUUCUAAUUUGACAAGGACGGGGAGCGUAGCUAAACUAGCUAGCUGGCUAGUUUAGCUAGCUUUUAUUCUCCAUUGUCAGAUGGGAUGAUAAAUAUAUGGCUAGCUACAAGUUAGUCACGAGUUGGCUAUAUAUUGCCUCUCUCUCUCCCUCCCUGCUUGCCCCGACCACACCGCUUCCACACACCGGCCCCUGCCCCUCCUCCACCACAUGACUCCCUCCCUGUUAUUUUCCUCUGGCUGGCAGUUGUCACAUUGUUUUUGGUCUCUAAUCGCAGAGCUAAUCUCUUUCUCUCUUCUCUCUCGCUCUCUCGGUCCCCCUCUCUCUCUCUCUUUCUCUCUCUGUGUAUCUGUCUCUCUCUGUGUAUCUCUCUCUCUCUGUGUAUCUGUCUCUCUCUGUGUCUCUGUCUCUGUGUGUGCUGUUCAGGUGGAGGAGGUGAGGAGACACAGUCACUGUCUAGCCUUCAGUUCUUCUGGUCCCCAGAGUCAGACCUAUUACAUCAGCUAUGACUCUUACACAGAACACCUCCGCUGGCACAGACACGCUGCCAAGGUACGUACGUACGUACGUACGUACGCUCGCCUGUGCUUGUGUGUGUGUGCGCUCAGAGUUGAGUUGCGUGUCUUCAAGUUGUCGGCAAUCUGAAAAAUGUAAACCCUUUGUCUCUUACCCUUUAUCUCUCUCUCUCCCACCCUCUCUCUCCCCACCCUCUCUCUCCCCCACCCUCUCUCUCCCACCCUCUCGCUCUCCCUCCCUCUCCCUCCAUCAGAUAGUGUCUCAGAGGGUGAGUUCUGUGGACCUGUCAUGUUGCAGUCUGGAGGAGCUGCCUUCUCAGCUGUUCUACAGCCAGGACCUGACCCACCUCAACCUCAAACACAACUACCUGACGGGCCUCACACAUCUCACCAGGUAUGUACCCCUGCAGGCUGUGGGAAGAGGUGGUAGGAUGGAAUGGAGGGAGUGGGGGAAGAGGAGAAGAAAAGGAAAGUAACUGAGAGACAUGGGCUAGGAGAAGGGCUCAAUAUAUACUUCUGCAAGGAGGGAGGGGUUAAGAGAGGAGUGGCGUGAUGUGGGCGGUUUGUCCUUCGACAGCCUCUCUCUCGCGCGCUCUCUCCAUCUCUCUGGGAAUCACCAUAUGGUCGCAGAGUUAGAGGAUUGGAUUAAACUACAGAUCUGUGUGUGAUGUGUAUGUGUGUUUGUGUUCCCUUAGGAUUGAUUUGGUCUAAGAAAACAGGUUGGGGUUGAUUAGAAGCAGACGUCAGCGGAAGUAGGAGGGGAAAUCCGAACUUGAGUUAUAUACACACACACAGUUUCCCUCUGGAGCUUUCAUUAAUCUAUGGCCAGUGCUUCCCAGACCUCUCACCUAUGACCUGUUUUUGGAGUCUCGGCCUGCAAGCCUUGAGACAUGAUUGGUCCAAAACACAACGACUGCAUUGUGAUUGGCUGCUCCUCCUCAGUGACCUUUAGCCAGGGUUGGGGCCCAGCAGUGUCAUUGACUGCGGUCAGGUUCUCGCUCCUUCUCCUUCUAGCUAACCCUUCUAUGCUUACAGUAAUACAAUGCUCCCCACCAUGGAGACUGUCUACAUCCCAAAUGGCUCCCUAUUCUCUAUAGUGUACACUAUUCCCUAUAUAGUGCACUAUGGGCCCUGGUCAAAUGUAGUACACUAUAUAGGGAAUAGGGUGCCUUUUGAGACGCACCUUCUGUCCCAGGCCUGGUGUAGUGUUACUGUUAGUGUUUGUGUGAGCUGCUCUGCUUUGGGAGACAUCAGACAGUGGGGAUGGAUGGGGAGAUGGGACAGGACUCCCUUGAAUAAUCUUCCCAUCUGGCCACACUGAUCACACUGCUCAACUUUCAGUAUCAAACAGUGGUUAGGAAAACAGACCCUCACCUUUACGGAACAGAGAAACACUAUAUUAAUCUAUCCUCCUCCUCUCUCUCUGCAUACAGGACAUCCUCCUCCUUUCUCUCUCUGCAUACAGGACAUCCUCCUCCUCCUCUCUCUCUCUGCAUACAGGACAUCCUCCUCCUCCUUUCUCUCUCUGCAUACAGGACAUCCUCCUCCUCCUUUCUCUCUCUGCAUACAGGACAUCAUCCUCCUCCUUCUCUCUCUGCAUACAGGACAUCAUCCUCCUCCUCUCUCUCUCUGCAUACAGGACAUCAUCCUCCUCCUCUCUCUCUGCAUACAGGACAUCAUCCCUCCCUCUCUCUGCUACAGGACAUCAUCCUCCUCUCUCUCUCUGCAUACAGGACAUCAUCCUCCUCCUCUCUCUCUCUGCAUACAGGACAUCAUCCUCCUCCUCUCUCUCUGCAUACAGGACAUCAUCCUCCUCCUCUCUCUCUGCAUACAGGACAUCAUCCUCCUCCUCUCUCUCUCUGCAUACAGGACAUCAUCCUCCUCCUUUCUCUCUCUGCAUACAGGACAUCAUCCUCCUCCUUUCUCUCUCUGCAUACAGGACAUCAUCCUCCUCCUUCUCUCUCUGCAUACAGGACAUCAUCCUCCUCCUCUCUCUCUGCAUACAGGACAAUCAUCCUCCUCUCUCUCUGCAUACAUGACAUCAUCCUCCUCUCUCUCUCUGCAUACAGGACAUCCUCCUCUCUCUCUCUGCAUACAGGACAUCAUCCUCCUCCUUUCUCUCUCUGCAUACAGGACAUCAUCCCCCUCCUUUCUCUCUCUGCAUACAGGACAUCAUCCUCCUCUCUCUCUGCAUACAGGACAUCAUCCCCCUCCUUUCUCUCUCUGCAUACAGGACAUCAUCCUCCUCUCUCUCUCUGCAUACAGGACAUCAUCCCCUCCUUCUCUCUCUGCAUACAGGACAUCAUCCUCCUCUCUCUCUGCAUACAGGACAUCAUCCCCCUCCUUUCUCUCUCUGCAUACAGGACAUCCUCCUCCUCCUCUCUCUCUGCAUACAGGACAUCCUCCUCCUCCUCUCACUCUCUUCCUUUCUCCAUCUACCUUCCUCCUUCUGGAUGCAUUUUCUCACUUUCUCUCUUUCUACCUCUGUGUGUCUCUCGCCCUUUCGCUCUCCCUUUCUCUCUCACUCUCUCCCUUUCUCUCUCAUUCUCUCCCUUUCUCUCUUCCUCCCCCUCUCUGUUAGUGUUCUCGCUGUGGUUCAGUGACUGUGUUAGCUCUGGUUGUACUUCCGAUGGGAAUGGCUUUGUGCUCCCAUUGUUCCUCCAUAAACACAGCUUUCCCAAGGGGAGAGGAGAGGAGAGGAGAGGAGGGGAGGCAGCCGGGGCUUCAGGAAUGUGUUUUUCCCGUGGCGCGGCACUGCGCUGCGAAUGCGGCUGGCUGUGGCUUUUCCUUGGAAAUCCGGUGAACCGGAUUAGGCUAGUUAGGCCUGGGAAGACUAGGGGAACCGAGUGCCUAUCAGAUUUGGCAAAGAUUAUCACACACGUGCCCACCAGAUUUUCACACGCAUCACAGUUUGUGGUAGCUUAUUUUUCAAGGAUAUUUUUAUGUGUGCAAUCACAACAAUAUACUUGUGCUGCUCACAUACAGGUAACUGCCCAAAUAAAGGAAACACCAGCAUUAAGUGUCUUUACAGUUUAUUUUGAUCGCUUUGGCACAUUUUUCAGAUGUGGUAUAUAAGUGGUAUAUUUUCAAAACUCUUAGUUCAAAACAGAUAACACUUGUAUUGCCCCAUGUCUUAUGUUCAGAACCUUUGAUUGUGUAUUCAUUGGAGUUGAACACAUCUUUCACCCCUGAGGCAAUCAUGCAAAAUCUAAGUGUUCAGUGAAAUACAAUGACAAGAUUUAGUUUAGUCACCAAUAUAUCAAAUGAAUGAUGACAGGCUUAUCAUUUAGUCAUUUUAACUAACAUUUAAUCCAAUAACAAAAAAUACAAGAUACAUUUUUCAAACAGUUAUUUUUGAAGUGCUGAAUAGAGAGAAUAGCAGAUGGUAAAUAUCAAGUCCUCUGGUCAAAAGUAGUGCACUCUGCCAUUUGGAACGUAGUCCUCCCUCUCUCCAGUGUUGUUGUUCUGAAUGGGCUCAUUAGGUAACCAGAGGCUUCUUCUUACUGACUCUUUAGUUUCUGUGAUGUUAUUGUUUGUUUUUCUCUGAAGAUUCCUAUCUUGAUUAACCCCCUCUCUCUCUCCCCCAUCUCCCUCUCUCUCUCCCCCAUCUCCCUCUCUAUCUCCCCCAUCUCCCUCUCUCUCUCCCCCAUCUCCCUCUCUCUCUCCCCCAUCUCCCUCUCUCUCGCUCCCCCCCCCAUCUCCCUCUCUCUCUCUCCCCCAUCUCCCUCUCUCUCUCUCCCCCAUCUCCCUCUCUCUCUCUCCCCCAUCUCUCGCUCCCCCUGCCUCUAUCUAGGUUCUGCAGGUUGAGGAGCCUCAAUCUCUCUAACAACGCUCUGUCUGACUUCCCUCUGGCCGUGUGUGACAUCACCUCCCUGACGGAGCUCAACCUCCAAGGCAACCGUCUGACCUCUCUGCCCUCCGCCCUGGGGACCAUGCACAGGUGAGUGGGGUCGAGGGAGGGAGAGAGGGACCCUAGAGCACACAAAAAAAACGAUACAUACCUCGGCCUUAACAUCAGCGCCACAGGUAACUUACACAAAGCUGUGAACGAUCAGAGAGACAAGUCAAGAAGGGCCUUCUAUGCCAUCAAAAGGAACAUAAAAUUCAACAUACCAAUUAGGAUCUGCCUAAAAUUACUUGAAUCAGUUAUAGAACCCAUUGCCCUUUAUGGUUGUGAGGUCUGGGGUCCGCUCACCAACCAAUAAUUCACAAAAUGGGACAAACACCAAAUUGAGACUGUAUGCAGAAUUCUGACAAAAUAUCCUCCAUGUACAACGGAAAACACCAAAUAAUGCAUGCAGAGCAGAAUUAGGCCGAUACCCACUAAUUAUCAAAAUCCAGAAAAGAUCCGUUAAAUUCUAUAACCACUUAAAAGGAAGCGAUUCUCAAACCUUCCAUAGCAAAGCCAUCACCUACAGAGAGAUGAACUUGGAGAAGAGUCCCCUAAGCAAGCUGGUCCUGGGGCUCUGUUCACAAACAGACCCCACAGAGCCCCAGGACAGCAACACAAUUAGACCCAACCAAAUCAUGAGAAAACAAAAAGAGAAUUACUUGACACAUUGGAAAGAAUUAACAAAAUAACAAAGCAAACUAGAAUGCUAUUUGGCCCUAAACAGAGAGUACACAGUGGCAGAAUACCUGACCACUGUGACUGACCCAAACUUAAGGAAAGCUUUGACUAUAUACAGACUCAGUGAGCAUAGCCUUGCUAUUGAGAAAGCCCGCCGUAGGCAGACCUGGCUCUCAAGAGAAGACAGGCUAUGUGCACACUGCCCACAAAAUGAGGUGGAACCUGAGCUGCACUUCCUAACCUCCUGCCAAAUGUAUGACCAUAGAGACACAUAUUUCCCUCAGAUUACACAGACCCACAAAGAAUUUGAAAACAAAUCCAAUUUUGAUAAACUCCCUUAUCUACUGGGUGAAAUACCACAGUGUGCCAUCACAGCAGCAAGAUUUGUGACCUGUUGCCACAUGAAAAGGGCAACCAGUGAAGAACAAACACCAUUGUAAAUAUAACCCAUAUUUAUGUUUAUUUAUUUUCCCAUUUGUACUUUAACUAUUGGCACAUUGUUACAACACUGUAUAUAGACAUAAUAUGACAUUUGAAAUGUCUUAAUUUUUUUGGGAACUUCUGAGUGUAAUGUUUACUGUUAAUAUUUAUUGUCUAUUUCACUUUUGUUUACUAUCUACUUCACUUGCUUUGGCAAUGUUAACAUACGUUUCCCAUGCCAAUAAAGCCCUUAAAUUGAAAAUUGAAAUUGAAUUGAUAGGGAGAAGAGAGAGGGAGCAAAUAAAUGGAAUUCAAGUAAUUGAAACGACAUUGGUCAAUUAGUUGUUUUAUAACCCCCCUCCCCCCAAAAAAGACAUUCAGUUAAUCGCUCAGCACUAGUGUUGGGUUUUGUGCUGUUGCCCAGUCCGUCCACUACAGAAUAACCAGGAUGUGAGUAGUUGGUGGGAAUCCUGCAGUAAUAGGAUCUGAAAGAUGUUGCCUUUUUAAAGUUGAAAUUCUAAUCUCUCUCUAUUUGCAAUGUCCCUCGUGGAAAAAAACACAAGUUUUACAUGUCACAUAAAAUCAGGCACGAUAACAGAAAGCUCAUGUGAAGGUUACACACACACAAUCCCCUCUCCCACUGAGCUCCAUACUAACCCCCUCUCUCCGUCUCCUCCUCCCCAGCCUGCAGACCCUGCUUCUGGACGGUAACUCUCUGAGCUCCCUGCCUGCUGAGCUGGGCUCCCUGGAGGCCCUGACCUACCUGGGCCUGUCCUUCAACCUGUUCAGCUGCGUACCUCCAGCCCUGGAGAGACUCAGGAGGGUGGAGAGGCUCUGUCUGGCCGGGAAUCAGCUCUCCUCUCUGGAUAUGGCCGGCCUGCAGUGGCUCCCCCACCGACACAUAGAUCUCAGGUAUAUUACUUUGUAAAUAAGUGUUUUAAUUAGUUCUUUCAAGUGUUUUGCUCUGUUCCCGACUUGGAAUUCUGAGUUGGAUGACCAUUCAAAACCAAUUUUCCCAGUCGGAGCUCGUUUUUUUCCCAGAGUUUCCAGUUGUUUUGAACGCAGCCGAAGUAAUGAUGGAUUGACAGCAUGGCCAAUGUAUUCAACCUUUUCUGGCCCAUGGUGUUGCAUGUGAAUGUUUAUCCUUUUAAGCUUGGAAAAGAGACCCUUAAACCCAGACUUGGACCACACACCCUCUCCACCGAAUAGCAGGGGAAGCAAAAUCGUGAUUGCUCUGCAACGCUUGCAGUUAGCCAUUAGUAGUGUCCACAUGAGUGACAGAACACUGAGCCAAUCACGGUGCAACUAGAGAAGAUUACCAACUCCUACGCUUUGUAUUUUCCGCUGGCUGCUCCUCCACCACAGAAAGCACUGAGCUAGGCUGAAACACCUGCAUUUUGGAGCUGUCUUACUCAAGAAAGCAAAAAAGAGACCAUGUUUGUGUGUGGCUUUAUUAACUCAAUACAUUUUUAUUUACAUUGUUUGCAAACUGAUAUGUGACACGUAUUAAUGCCAAAUAACAUGCAAAACAGGUGGGGCUCAAAACAGGUGGGGCUCUGCCACCUGCCCUGAAUGAUGGGUCACCACUGGUAAUAAGAAUACUUUAGCUACACUGAGUAUACCAAAUAUUAUGAACACCUGCUCUUUCCAUGACAUAGACUGACCAGGUGUAUCCAGGUGAAAGAUAUGAUCCCUUAUUGUGACUUGUUAAAUCCACUUCAACCAGUGUAGAUGAAGGGGAGGAGUCAGGUUAAAGAAUGAUUUUUAAGCCUUGAGACAAUUGAUGGAUUGUGUACAGUCGUGGUCAAAAGUUUUGAGAAUGACACAAAUAUAAAAUUUUCACAAAGUCUGCUGCCUCAGUUUUUAUUUUGGCAAUCUGCAUAUACUCCAGAAUGUUAUGAAGAGUGAUCAGAUGAAUUGCAAUUAAUUGCAAAGUCCCUCUUUGCCAUGAAAAUGAACUUAAUCCUCAAAACAAAUGUCCACUGCAUUUCAGCCCUACCACAAAAGGACCAGCUGACAUCAUGUCAGUGAUUAUCUCGUUAACACAGGUGAGAGUGUUGACGAGGACAAGGCUGGAGAUCACUCUGUCAUGCUGAUUGAGUUAGAAUAACAGACUGGAUGCUUUAAAAGGAGGGUGGUGCUUGAAAUCAUUGUUCUUCCUCUGUUAACCAUGGUUAAGGGGCAAGAAAGUCCAGCAAGCGCCAGGACCGUCUCCUAAAGUUGAUUCCGCUGCGGGAUCGGGGCACCACCAGUGCAGAGCUUGCUCAGGAAUGGCAGCAGGCAGGUGUGAGUGCAUCUGCACACACAGUGAGGCGAAUACUUUUGGAGGAUGGCCUGGUGUCAAGAAGUGCAGCGAGGAAGCCACUUCUCUCCAGGAAAAACAUCAGGGACAGACUGAUAUUCUGCAAAAGGUACAGGGAUUGGACUGCUGAGGACUGGGGUAAAGUCAGUUUUCUCUGAUGAAUCCCCUUGCCGAUUGUUUGGGGCAUUCGGAAAAAAGCUUGUCCGGAAAAGACAAGGUGAGCGCUACCAUCAGUCCUGUGUCAUGCCAACAGUAAAGCAUCCUGAGACCACCUUGCCAUAAGGCAAAAGUGAUAACUCAGUGGCUCGGGGAACAAAACAUUGACAUUUUGGGUCCAUGGCCAGGAAACUCCCCAGACCUUAAUCCCAUUGAGAACUUGUGGUCAAUCCUCAAGAGGCGGGUGGACAAACAAAAACCCACAAAUUCUGACAAACUCCAAGCAUUGAUAAUGCAAGAAUGGGCUGCCAUCAGUCAGGAUGUGGCCCAGAAGUUAGUUGACAGCAUGCCAGGGCGGAUUGCAGAGGUCUUGAAAAAUAAGGGUCAACACCGCAAAUAUUGAGUCUUUGCAUAAACUUAAUGUAAUUGUCAAUAAAAGCCUUUGACACUUAUGGAAUGCUUGUAAUUAUACUUCAGUAUACCAUAGUAACAUCUGACAAAAAUAUCUAAAAACACUGAAGCAGCAAACUUUGUGAAGACCAAUACUUGUGUCAUUCUCAAAACUUUUGACCACGACUGUAUUUAAGUGCUUUUGAACGGGGUAUGGUAGUAGGUACCAGGCACACCAGUUUGAGUGUGUCAAGAACUGCAACGCUGCUGGGUUUUUCAUGUUCAACAGUUUCCCGUGUGUAUCAGUAAUGGUCCACCACCCAAAGGACAUCCAGCCAACUUGACACUACUGUGGAAAGCAUUGGAGUCAACAUGGGCCAGCAUCCCUGUCGAACACUUUCGACACCUUGUAGAGUCCAUGCCCUGACGAAUUGAGGCUGUUCUGAGGGCAAAAGGGGUUCAACUCAAUAUCAACAUGUAAAAACUUGUGGAAAAUGUCUGUUUUGAAAAGUAAAUCUCACUAAAUGAUCACUCUCCAUUCUCUAACCCCCUUUCUCUCGCUCUCUCUCUCUCUCUCUCUCCCUCCCUCCCUCUUUGUUGUAGGUUGAACAGGCUCCAGAGGGUGGUGGUUGGGGAGGCUGGCCUGCUGAGCCACGUGGCCCAGUUAGAUGUGCGGGAUGCUGGGUUGGAGGAGCUUGACGUCAGGUCCCUAUCCAGGCUGGAGCUCCUACGCUGUGACAGAAACACACUCACACUCCUCAGAGUCAGCGGCCUAGCACUCAAGGGCCUGUACACAGCACACAACGGUACACAUACACAUACCGCUCAUGCAUGUACACUCACAAACAUGAACACUUUAUAUAGUAAUUAUCCACAUUGCAAACAGUUGAGAGACAUGUACAGACACAUACGCACAUACAGGUAACUGCCAAAAUACAGUAAACACCAACAUAGUGUCCAUUUUUUUAUUUUUUUAUUUUACCCCCUUUUUCUCCCCAAUUUCGUGGUAUCCAAUUGGUAGUUACAGUCUUGUCCCAUCGCUGCAACUCCCGUACGGACACGGGAGAGGCGAAGGUCGAGAGUCAUGCGUCCUCCGAAACACAACCUAACUGAGCCGCACUGCUUCUUACACAGUGCCCACACCAAUGUGCCGGAGGAAACACCGUACACCUGGCGACCAAGUCAGCGUGCACUGCGCCCGGCCCGCCAAAGGAGUCGCUAGUGCGCGAUGGACGGCGCUGGGCCAAUUGUGCGCCGCCCCAUGGGUCUCCCGGUCGCGGCCAGCUGCGACAGAGCCUGGACUCGAACCAGGAUCUCUAGUGGCACAGCUAGCACUGCGAUGCAGUGCCUUAGACGACUGCCCCACUCGGGAGGCCCCAACAUAGUGUCUUGAUAGGGCGUUGGGCCACCACGAGCCAGAACGGUUCAAUGGGCCUUGGCAUAUAUUCUACAAGUGUCUGGAACUCUAUCGGAGGGAUACGACACCAUUCUUCCAUGAGAAAUUCCAUAUUUUUGAUGUUUUGUUGAUGGUGGUGGGAACCGCUGUCUCAGGCACCGCUUCAGAAUCUACCAUAAGUUUUCAAUUGGGUUGAGAUCUCGUGACUGAGACACACACACUUUAAACCCCCUAUGCUCCUUUGAGACCCCUCUUUCAAAAUCACUGAGAUCUCUUUUAACCAUGGUAGCCAAAAUAAUGGGCAACUGGGCAUUUUUAUACAUGCCCUAAGCAUGAUUGGAUGUUAAUUGCUUAAUUAACUCAGGAACCACACCUGUGUGGAAGUACCUGCUUUCAAUAUACUUUGUAUCCCUCAUUUACUCAAGUGUUUCCUUUAUUUUGGCAGUUCCCUGUAUAUACUGUAUUGAUGGGGUGUUGUUUUUUUUUCCAGAGCUGAGAGCGCUGGAGGUGUUUCCUGUUCCAGAGAGCCUCACUGUUGUGGACGUGUCCAGGUAAGAACCACAUAGUUCACAAUCGAUGGAUGGAUACUUGAAUGGGUAGAGAAUAUACAAGUGAUUGAUUGUUUUAACUGACCUAUUGGUUGAUGGACAGAGAGAAGAGAUAGAUUCAUAGUGACUGAUUGCUGUCUGUGUUGUGUUGUAGGAACCGUCUGGACUGUGUGCCUGUCUGAGUGUGUUGUGUUUAGGGCUGGGAAUAACCAGUGACUUCAUAAUACGAUAUUAUCGUGGUACUUAGUUGCCGAUACGAUAUGUAUUGCGAUUCUCAUGAUUCUAUAUGUAUUGCAAUUCGAUAUUGCGAUUUGAUGUUCCAAACAUAUUGCUCACUAUACAAUGGGUGUACAAAUCAUUAAGAACACCUGCUCUUUCCAUGACAUAGACUGAAUCUAGGUGAAAGAUAUGAUCCCUUAUUGAUGUCAGUUGUUAAAUCCACUUCAAUCAGUGUAGAUAAAGGGGUGUGUUUGUGUCAAGAACUGCAACGCUGCUGGGCAUUUCACACUCAACAACUUCACGUGUGUAUCAAGAAUGGUCCACCACCCAAAUGACAUCCAGCCAACUUGACACAACUUUGGGAAGCAUUGGGAGUCAACAUGGGCUAGCAUCCCUGUGGCACACUUUCAACACCUUGUAGAGUCCAUGCCCCGAUGAAUUGAGUCUGUUCUAAGGGCAAAAGGGGGUGCAACUCAUUAUUAGGAGCGUGUUCUUAAUAUUUUUACACUCAGUGUAUGUCUGCUGCUGAGAGAUAAGACAGCAUGAGAAAACACGUUUUGAUCAGUCAGGGAAAUAAAAGUGCUAAAAACAUGUUGCUCACUAUUUGAAAAGAUGGAGAACAAGCUAACGCUAUCCACUGUAGCAAUUUUUUUUUUUUUUACACGUCGAAACUUGGAGCCAAAUAUGGAUACAAUAUCGUCCCAAACAAAUAUUGCAUUAUGUAACUAUAGAAUGUUUUUGUUUUUUUACUAUUGUGUUGUAGGACCCGUCUGGACUGUGUGCCUGUCUGGCUAUGUUGUGUUGUAGGACCCGUCUGGACUGUGUGCCUGUCUGGCUAUGUUGUGUUGUAGGAACCAUCUGGACUGUGUGCCUGUCUGGCUAUGUUGUGUUGUAGGAACCAUAUGGACUGUGUGCCUGUCUGGCUAUGUUGUGUUGGAGGAACCAUCUGGACUGUGUGCCUGUCUGGCUAUGUUGUGUUGUAGGAACCAUCUGGACUGUGUGCCUGUCUGGCUAUGUUGUGUUGUAGGAACCAUGUGGACUGUGUGCCUGUCUGGCUAUGUUGUGUUAUAGGAACCAUCUGGACUGUGUGCCUGUCUGGCUAUGUUGUGUUAUAGGAACCAUCUGGACUGUGUGCCUGUGUGGCUAUGUUGUGUUGUAGGAACCAUGUGGACUGUGUGCCUGUCUGGCUAUGUUGUGUUAUAGGAACCAUCUGGACUGUGUGCCUGUCUGGCUAUGUUGUGUUGUAGGAACCAUCUGGACUGUAUGCCUGACUAUGUUGUGUUAUAGGAACCAUCUGGACUGUGUGCCUGUCUGGCUAUGUUGUGUUGUAGGAACCAUGUGGACUGUGUGCCUGUCUGGCUAUGUUGUGUUAUAGGAACCAUGUGGACUGUGUGCCUGUCUGGCUAUGUUGUGUUGUAGGAACCAUGUGGACUGUGUGCCUGACUAUGUUGUGUUAUAGGAACCAUCUGGACUGUGUGCCUGUCUGGCUAUGUUGUGUUGUAUGAACCAUGUGGACUGUGUGCCUGACUAUGUUGUGUUGUAGGAACCAUCUGGACUGUGUGCCUGACUAUGUUGUGUUGUAGGAACCAUGUGGACUGUGUGCCUGACUAUGUUGUGUUGUAGGAACCAUGUGGACUGUGUGCCUGACUAUGUUGUGUUGUAGGAACCAUCUGGACUGUGUGCCUGACUAUGUUGUGUUGUAGGAACCAUCUGGACUGUGUGCCUGACUAUGUUGUGUUGUAGGAACCAUCUGGACUGUGUGCCUGACUGGGUGUGUGAGAGCACCCGACUAGAGGUCCUGGACAUCAGCCACAACAACAUCAAAGAGCUACCCAUACAGUGAGUAAUAUACAGAUAUACUCUACAUUCUCACACAGAGUUCUACUGUACACACACCCUCUCUCUCUCUUUCUGACUGUGCUGUAUUGUGUGUCUGUGUGUCCUGUAGUUUAUUCUGCAGUGCUAGUCUUCGUAAACUGCUGGUGGGGUGUAACGUUCUGCGUAGACUACCUGAGAGGCUGGAGAAAUCUCAGCUAGAGGUUCUAGACGUACAACACAACCUGCUAACUGAGCUACCACACAACCUCUUCAUUAAGGCCCAGAGGUAGGCUACACACACACACACACACACAUUGGGAUACACACACUCUGGGAGAAACACACACACACACAGAUACUGGGACGCGCACACACAGAUACUGGGACACACAUACAUACACACACAGGUACUUGGACAAACACACACAUACUGGGACACACACAGAUACUGGGACACACACAAAUCAAAUCACAUUUUAUUUGUCACGUGCCGAAAACAACAGGUGUAGACGUUACCGUGAAAUGCUUACUUACAAGCCCUUAACCAACAAUGCUGAGUUUUUUUAAAGUAAGAAAAUAUUUGAAAAAAUACUAUAAAAAAAUAACAAUAACAAGGCUAUAUACAAGGGGUACCGGUACCGAGUCAAUAUGCGGGGGUAGAGGUUAGUCGAGGUAAUUGAGGUAAUAUGUACACUACCGUUCAAAAGUUUGGGGUCACUUAGAAAUGUCCUUGUUUUCGAAAGGAAAGCAAUUUCUUUGUCCAUUAAAAUAACAUCAAAUUGAUCCGAAAUACAGGGUAGAUAUUGUUAAUGUUGUAAAUGGCUAUUGUAGCUGGAAACGGCUGAUUUUUAAUGGCAUAUCUACAUAGGCAUGCAGAGGCCCAUUAUCAGCAACCAUCAUUCCUGUGUUCCAAUGGCACGUUGUGUUUGCUAAUCCAAGUUUGUCAUUUUAAAAGGCUAAUUGAUCAUUAGAAAACCCUUUUGCAAUUAUGUUAGCACAGCUGAAAACUGUUGUGCUGAUUAAAGAUUAGUAUCUGGAGCAUCAGCAAUUGUGGGUUCGAUUACAGGCUCAAAAUGGGCAGAAACAAAGAACCUUCUUCUGAAACUCGUCAGUCUAUUCUUGUUCUGAGAAAUGAAGGCUAAUCCAUGUGAGAAAUUGCCAAGAAACUGAAGAUCUCUUACAACGCUGUGUACUACUCCCUUCACAGAACAGCGCAAACUGGCUCUAACCAGAAUAGAAAGAGGAGUGGGAGGCCCCAGUGCACAACUGAGCAAGAGGACAAAUACAUUAGUGUCUAGUUUGAGAAACAGGCGCCUCACAGGUCCUCAACUGGCAGCUUCAUGAAAUAGUACCCGCAAAACACCAGUCUCAACGUCAACAGUGAAGCGGUGACUCCGGGAUGCUGACCUUCUAGGCAGAGUUGCAAAGAAAAAGCCAUAUCUCAGACUGCCCAUCUUAAUCUUUUAUUUUUAUUGGCCAGUCUGAGAUAUGGCUUUUUCUUUGCAACUCUGCCUAGAAGGUCAGCAUCCCGGAGUAGCCUCUUCACUGUUGACGUUGAGACUGGUGUUUGAUCUUCAUUUUCUUGGCAAUUUCUCGCAUGGAAUAACCUUCAUUUCUCAGAACAAGAAUAGACUGACGAGUUUCAGAAGAAAGUUAUUUGUUUCUGGCCAUUUUGAGCCUGUAAUCGAACCCAAAUUGCUGAUGCUCCAGAUACUCAACUAGUCUCAAGAAGGCCAGUUUUAUUGCUUCUUUAAUCAGCACAACAGUUUUCAGCUGUGCUAACAUAAUUGCAAAAGGGUUUUCUAAUGAUCAAUUAACCUUUUAAAAUGAUAAACUUGGAUUAGGAAACACAACGUUCCAUUGGAACACAGGACUGAUGGUUGCUGAUAAUGGGCCUCUGUACGCCUAUGUAGAUAGGCUACAAUAGCCAUUUACAACAUUAACAAUGUCUACACUGUAUUUCUGAUCAAUUUGAUGUUAUUUUAAUAGACAAAAAAAUUGCUUUUCUUUCGAAAACAGGGACAUUUCUAAGUGAUCCCAAACUUUUGAACGGUAGUGUACAUGUAUGUAGGGAUAAAGUGACUGCAUAGAUAAUAAACAGCGAGGGGUAAAAAAGGGGGUCAAUGUAAAUAGUCUGGGUAGCCAACUGUUUAUGGCUUGGGGGUAGAGGCUGUUAAGGAGCCUUUUGAACCUAGACUUGGUGCUCCGGUACCGCUUGCCGUGCGGUAGCAGAGAGAACAGUCUAUGACUUGGGUGGCUGGAGUCUUUGACAAUUUUUAGGGCCUUCCUCUGACACCGCCUGGUAUAGGUGUCCUGGAUGGCAGGAAGCUUGGCCCCAGUGAUGUACUGGGCCGUACGCACUACCCUCUGUAGCGCCUUGCGGUCAGAUGCCGAGCAGUUGCCAUAACAAGCAGUGAUGCAUCCAAUCAGGAUGCUCUCAGUGGUGUAGCUAUAUAACUUUUUGAGGAUCUGAGGACCCAUGCCAAAUCUUUUCAGUCUCCUGGGGGGGAAUAGGCGUUGUCAUGCCCUCUUCACGACUGUCUUGUUGUGUUUGGACCAUGAUCGUUUGUUAGUGAUGUGGACACCAAUGAUCAUGAAGCUCUUGACCCGCUCCACUACAGCCCUGUCAAUGUGAAUGGGAGCGUGCUCGGCCCUCCUUUUUCCUGUAGUCCACGAUCAGCUCCUUUGUCUUGCUCAUGUUGAGGGAGAGGUUGUUGACCCCUCCACCACACAGCCAGGUAUCUGACCUCCCUAUAGACUGUCUCAUCAUUGUCGGUGAUCAGGCCUACCACCAUUUUGUUGUCUGCAAACAUAAUGAUGAUUUUGGAUUUGUGCGUGGCCACGCAGUCGUGGGUGAACAGGGACUACAGGAGGGGACUAAGCACGCACCCCUGAGGGGCCCCCGUGUUGAGGAUCAGCGUGGCAGAUGUGUUGUUGCCUACCCUUACCACCUGGGGGCGACCCGUCAGGAAGUCCAGGAUCCAGUUGCAGAGGGAGGUGUUUAAUCCCAGGGUCCUUAGCUUAGUGAUGAGCUCUGAGGGCACUAUGGUGUUGAAUGCAGUGGGAAAGGGCAGUGUGGCGUGCAAUAGAGAUUGCAUCCUCUGUUGGGGAAGUAUGCAAAUUGUAGUGGGUCUAGGGUUUCUGGGAUGAUGGUGGCGUGAGCAAUGACCAGCCUUUCAAAGCACUUCAUAGCUACAGACGUGAGUGCUACGGGACGAUAGUCAUUUAUGCAGGUUACCUUGGUGUUCUUGGGCACAGGGACUAUGGUGUUCUGCUUGAAACGUAGGUAUUACAGACUCAGUCAAGGAGAGGUUGAAAAUAUCAGUGAAGACACUUGCCAGUUGGUCAGCGCAUGCUCUGAGUACGCGUCCUGGUAAUCCGUCUGGCCCUGCAGCUGCAGCCUUGUGAAUGUUGACCUGUUUAAAGGUCUUACUCACAUCGGCUACAGAAAGUGUGAUCACACAGUCAUCCGGAACAGCUGGUGAUCUCAUGCAUGGUUUAGUGUUGUCUGCCUCAAAGCGAGCAUAGAAGGCAUUCAGCUCAUCUGGUAGGCUCGAAUCACUGGGCAGCUCGCAGCUGGGUUUCCCUUUGUAAUCCGUAAUAGUUUGCGGCAUGAGAGCGUCACCACAUCCGACGAGCGUCAGAGCCAUUGUAGUAGGAUUCAAUCUUAGUCCUGUAUUGACGCUUUGCCUGUUUGAUGAUUCGUCGGAGGGUAUAGCAGAAUUUCUUAUAAGCGUCUGGAUUAGUGUCCUGCUCCUUGAAAGUGGCAGCUCUAGCCUUUAGCUCAGUGCGGAUGUUGCUUGUAAUCCAUGGAUUCUGGUUGGGAUAUGAAUGUACGGUCACUGGGGACGACGUCGCCAAUGCACUUAUUGAUGAAGCCGGUGACUGAUGUGGUAUACUCCACAAUGCCAUCGUGUGAAUGCCGGAACAUAUUCCAGUCUGUGCUAGCAAAACAGUCCUGUAGCUUAGCAUCCGCGUCAUCUGACCACUUCUGUAUUGAGCGAGUCACUGGUACUUCCUGCUUGAGUUUUUGCUUGUAAGCAGGAAUCAGGAGGAUAGAAUGAUGGUCGGAUUUGCCAAAUGGAGGGCGGGGGAGAGCUUUGUACGCAUCUCUGUGUGUGGAGUAAAGGUGGUCUAUAUAGUUUUUUCCCCCUCUGGUUGCACAUGUGACAUGCUGGUAGAAAUUAGGUAAAACGGAUGUAAGUUUUCCUGCAUUAACGUCCUCUGGGUGAGCAUUCUCUUGUUUGCUUAUGGCCUUAUUCAGCUCAUGAAGUGCGGUCUUAGUGCCUGCAUCGGUUUGUGGUGGUAAAUAGACAGCUACGAAAAAUAUAGAUAAAAACUAUCUUGGUAAAUAGUGUGGUCUACAGCUUAUCAUGAGGUACUCUACCUCAGGCGAGUAAGACUUCCUUAAUAUUAGAGAUCGUGCACCAGCUGUCAUUGACAAAUAGACACAGACCUCCACCCCUCGUCUUACCUAAGGUAGCUGUUCUGUCUUGCCGAUGUACGGAAAACCCAGCCAACUGUAUAUUAUGCAUGUCGUCGUUCAGCCAUGACUCGGUGAAACAUAACAUUAUAGUUUUUUUUUUAAUGUCCCAUUGGUAGGAUAGUCUGGAACGGAGCUCAUCCAGUUUAUUCUCCAGUGAUUGCACAUUCGCCAGUAGGGGACACACACACACACACACACACACACACACACACACAGGUACUGGGACACACACACACACCUUCCCUGUCUACCUCUUUAGCUACUAACGUUGUUGGUUGGUUUUCCUCACAGCUUGCGCUACCUGAACGCAUCAGCCAAUAAGCUGGAGUGCCUCCCUCCAGCCAACCUAUCAGAGGAGAGCUUCAGCAGCCUGCAGGAGCUGUAUCUGACCAAUAACAGCCUGACGGACAAGAGUGUCCCCCUGCUGACUGGCCACGCCCACCUCAGGGUGCUGCACUUGGCCUACAACCAGCUACAGACAUUCCCAGCCAGGUCACACACACACACACACACACACACACACACUGGGACAGAUGCACGCGCACACAUACAGUGGGGAAAAAAAGUAUUUAGUCAGCCACCAAUUGUGCAAGAUCUCCCACUUAAAAAGAUGAGAGAGGCCUGUAAUUUUCAUCAUAGGUACACGUCAACUAUGACAGACAAAUUGAGAAAAGAAAAUCCAGAAAAUCACAUUGUAGGAUUUUUAAUGAAUUUAUUUGCAAAUUAUGGUGGAAAAUAAGUAUUUGGUCACCUACAAACAAGCAAGAUUUCUGGCUCUCACAGACCUGUAACUUCUUCUUUAAGAGGCUCCUCUGUCCUCCACUCGUUACCUGUAUUAAUGGCACCUAUUUGAACUUGUUAUCAGUAUAAAAGACACCUGUCCACAACCUCAAACAGUCACACUCCAAACUCCACUAUGGCCAAGACCAAAGAGCUGUCAAAGGACACCAGAAACAAAAUUGUAGACCUGCACCAUGCUGGGAAGACUGAAUCUGCAAUAGGUAAGCAGCUUGGUUUGAAGAAAUCAACUGUGGGAGCAAUUAUUAGGAAAUGGAAGACAUACAAGACCACUGAUAAUCUCCCUCGAUCUGGGGCUCCACGCAAGAUCUCACCCCGUGGGGUCAAAAUGAUCACAAGAACGGUGAGCAAAAAUCCCAGAACCACACGGGGGGACCUAGUGAAUGACCUGCAGAGAGAUGGGACCAAAGUAACAAAGCCUACCAUCAGUAACACACUACGCCGCCAGGGACUCAAAUCCUGCAGUGCUAGACGUGUCCCCCUGCUUAAGCCAGUACAUGUCCAGGCCCGUCUGAAGUUUGCUAGAGUGCAUCCAGAAGAGGAUUGGGAGAAUGUCAUAUGGUCAGAUGAAACCAAAAUAGAACUUUUUGGUAAAAACUCAACUCGUCGUGUUUGGAGGACAAAGAAUGCUGAGUUGCAUCCAAAGAACACCAUACCUACUGUGAAGCAUGGGAAUGAAAACAUCAUACUUUGGGGCUGUUUUUCUGCAAAGGGACCAGGACGACUGAUCCGUGUAAAGGAAAGAAUGAAUGGGGCCAUGUAUCGUGAGAUUUUGAGUGAAAACCUCCUUCCAUCAGCAAGGGCAUUGAAGAUGAAACGUGGCUGGGUCUUUCAGCAUGACAAUGAUCCCAAACACACCGCCCGGGCAACGAAGGAGUGGCUUCGUAAGAAGCAUUUCAAGGUCCUGGAGUCUCCAGAUCUCAACCCCAUAGAAAAUCUUUGGAGGGAGUUGAAAGUCCGUGUUGCCCAGCGAUAGCCCCAAAACAUCACUGCUCUAGAGGAGAUCUGCAUGGAGGAAUGGGCCAAAAUACCAGCAACAGUGUGUGAAAACCUUGUGAAGACUUACAGAAAACGUUUGACCUGUGUCAUUGCCAACAAAGGGUAUAUAACAAAGUAUUGAGAAACUUUUGUUAUUGACCAAAUACUUAUUUUCCACCAUAAUUUGCAAAUAAAUUCAUUAAAAAUCCUGCAAUGUGAUUUUCUGGAUUUUUUUUCCUCAUUUUGUCUGUCAUAGUUGACGUGUACCUAUGAUGAAAAUUACAGGCCUCUCUCAUCUUUUUAAGUGGGAGAACUUGCACAAUUGGUGGCUGACUAAAUACUUUUUUUCCCCACUGUACAUUCACACACACACGCUCUCUCUUUUACUGUCUUCUUAUUUGUCAUGCACACACAUUUGAAAACCCUUCUAUUUCUCACCCUUUCCCUCUCUCUCUCUUUCUUUGUUUCUCUCUGUGGGAGGGGGGCUGGUUUUAACUUUGUAGGCACUGCUGUGGAGUGACAUUUUACUUAAUGGCAUUUGAGUUUGCUAUGUAUGUACAGUAGUUAAAUGGUGCCAAUAAAGGUUUUCUAAAAAUCGAAAUGGCUCCCUCCCUCCCACCGCAGUAAGAUGGCUCGGUUGGAGCAGCUAGAGGAACUGGACCUCAGUGGGAACAGGCUGAGAGCGGUGCCCACCACCAUCCUGAGCUGCAGGCGCAUGCACACACUCUCUGCCCACUCCAACAACAUCACUGUCUUCCCUGAGGUCCUCCAGCUUCAAGACAUGAAGGUAGGACAGACACAACUCACACACACACGCACACGCAUAGAGACGGAUGCACACCCUCUCCUGAUACUCUGACUUCAUGGUUGAGGUUCCCAUGGUCCUGUUUAGCAGUGUUCAGGUCUGUCACAUUAACCAGGGUAUGUCAGGCCAUUCUCUGGAUGCGUCCCAGAUGGCACCCUAUUCCCAAUAUAGUGCACUACUUUUGACCAGGGUCUAUAUCGCUCAAACUCAACUCUGGACCUUGAAGCCAGUUACACUCCUUUUUCCAUUGUUCCCCUCUAGUCAGGGACUGAUUUAGACCUGGGACACCAGUUGGGUGCAAUUAAUUAUCAGGUGGAACAGAAAAACAGCAGGUUCCGGACCUUACAUUUACAUUUUAGUCAUUUAGCAGACGCUCUUAUCCAGAGCGAUUUACAGGAGCAAUUGGGGUUAAGUGCCUUGCUCAAGGGCACAUUGACAGAUUUUUCACCUAGUCGGCUCGGGGAUUAGAACCAGCAACCUUUCGGUUACUGGCACAAGGGUAAGUGUUGAAUACCCAUGGUCUAUAGGGUUCUGCCAUUUGGGACGCAACCUCUGUAAUCUCAUAAAUAUAUCCCCUAAUCUGAGAUUGCUGUGAAAACACACACUAUUAAUAACCCUAACAUCUGAUCUUGGCCAGUGUGUCUUUGACCUCUUUCUCUUUCCCUCUCUGUCUUACUCCCUCUCUCCCUCUCCCUUCCUCCUUCCUGCAGUGUGUGGAUCUAAGCUGUAAUGAGUUGUGUGAAGUAGUCCUCCCAGAGACUCUGCCUCCUAAACUACAGGAGCUGGACCUGACAGGCAACCCCCGCCUCAACCUGGACCACCGGAGCCUCGAGCUGCUCAAGUAAGAACACACACAGUCAAACUCACACACCAUAAUGCGUGCACACCAACCUGGUCUCAGAGCAUUUCUGUACGUAAAUCAGAGACACUCCAUUUAGUAAGAUAUGUUACGUUGCGUAUAGUAUGUAUUAAUUUGUGGAUGUCCAUCACCCAUUUCAUAUGAUAUGUUACGAAUUACAAUUCAUAUUAUAUGCUACGAAUUUGCAAAACGUAUGAUAUUUUUUACGAAUUCUAGCUAGGUGGCUAACGUUAGCUAGCUCACUAUAGGGUUAUAGGGUUAGGUUAAAGGGUUAAGGUUAGGUUUAAGGGAAGGAUUAGCUAAAAGGGUUAAGGUUAGGGUUAGGGUUAGGGGAAGGAUUAGCUAACAUGCUAAGUAGCUAAAAAGUAGUAAGUAGUUGAAAAUGCUAAAGUUGUCCGUGAUGUGAUUCGAACUCGCAACCUUUGGGUUGCUAGACGUUUGUGUUAUACGCCCGACCAACCACCCUCAUUUCGUUUUUGCCUUACGCAACCAUCUGUCUUAUUUAACCAUACCAAACUUAACAGAUAAUAAAUGGAGUCCCUCGGAUUUACGUACAGAAUAAUACGAAAUGCUCUGAGACCAGGUUGUGGACACUAACACACACAAGAUUACACGCACACCCACACAAUGCACACAUCAACAAAUGUAACUUUUUAUAAGUCCCUGAGAACAUUCUAAACUCACUCUGAUGUAUUUCUUCCUUCUACUCCUCUCUCCCUCUCCUUCUUUCAUCAUCUCUCCUCCUCCUUCUCCCUCCUGCAGUAACAUUAGGUGUUUCCGUGUGGACCUGUCUCCCUCCUCUCUUUGUGGCAGUGAGGGUCCCGGGGAGCCUGCAGUCUGGAGCCAUGGAUACACAGAGGCCUCUGGGGUCAACAACAAGUCAGUACCUAUCCUCUCUGUCUCUCCCUCUCUCUCUCUCUCUCUCACUCCAUCUUCCUUUCUCUCUCUCUCUCCGUCUAUCACGCCCUCUCUCGCCCUCUCUCUCUUCAUCUAUCACUCCAUUUCCCUUUAUCAAUUCAAAGGGCUUUAUUGGCAUGGGAAACAUAUGUUUACAUUGUCUAUUCCACUUGCUUUGGCAAUAAACAAAAGGGAAAUAAACAAGGGAAAUAAACAAUCAGAAACUAACAGUAAACAAUACACUUUUUAUCUCUCUCUUCAUCCAUCACUCCUCUGUUGGUCUAUCUAUCUAUCUCUGGAUAGCCUCUCUUUUGGGAAUAGCAGUACAGAGUGUGUGUGUGUUAUUCCUAACGUAUUUGUGUUUGUCUCAGGCUGUGUGUAGCAGCCCUGGCAUUGGAUAGUUUCUGUGGAAGCAGGGAGGCUCUGUACGGGGUGUUUGACGGAGACCGGAACGUUGAGGUGCCCUACCUGCUGCAAUGCACCAUGGGAGACGUGCUGGCUGAGGAACUGCACAAGAGCAAGAACCAAGAGGACUGUAUGACCAACACCUUCCUCACCAUGCAGAGGUACACACACACACUGUCUUUCUCCCAGAUGCACAUACACACACACAGUUUCUUUCUUAAACGCAUGCACACACACACUAACUCCUGUUCAUCUUGUGUUGUUGUUAUAACAGGAAGUUGGGCACAGCAGGCCAGAGGCUGGGAGGCUCCGCGGCCCUCUGCCACAUCCGCCACGACCUGGUUGCCCCCAGCGACCGUAGCGGUGGCGGCGGGGGCUGUUUCACGGUGACUGCGGCUAACGUGGGACGGUGUCAAGCGGUCCUGUGUCGUGAUGGCAAGGCCCUCCCUCUCUCCAUCACACACACCGUCAAACAGCAGCCAGAGUACCAAAGAGCACGCCAGCACCACGCUAUCAUCACUGAGGUACACACACACACACACUGUACUGUCUGUAUGUCUGUAUGUCUGUCAAGAGGUCCUAACACCCCCCCCCACCCCCCACCCCCCAGGACAACAAGGUGAACGGAGUGACUGACUCCACCAGGAUCAUGGGCUACUCCUUCCUGUGUCCCGCCGUGACCCCACGACCCCACGUCUCCACGGUAACCCUCACCCCGCAGGAUGAGUUCUUCAUCCUGGCCAGCCGGGGCUUGUGGGAUACCAUGUCCACCUGCGAGGCAGUGGAGGCGGUGCGUAACGUCCCAGACUCCCUAGCAGCAGCCAAGAAGCUGUGUACGCUGGCGCAGGGCUACGGCUGUCCUGACAGUCUGUGUGCCGUGGUGGUGCAGCUGAGUAUCACUGAAGAGUGCUGCUGCUGUGAGCCCCCACCACCCCCACCCAGCCCUGGGCCCGGCCUGGAAACACACACAACACACACACCACUGGUAACACACACCACCACCCCGGCUACUGCUCAGCGGAUGGAACUCUACCAUUACCACCUCCGGCGAUGGGGACAGGAAGUGAGGUCAGCAGUGAGGUCAGCACGUCGGAGAUGAGCAGUGAGGUGGGGUCGACGGCAUCGUCGGACGAGCCAGCCAAUCAAACAGAGAAGGGCGUGGCCCCAGGGGGGCGCGGGGGGGUGCUGGGGCGGGGAGCGGGGGUGUACAGAGGUGGAAGAGCAGCGUUCCAGAGGCAGUACUCCGGGGCUCUGUCUGACAACGGGCUGGACAGUGAGGAUGAGGAGCCUAUAGCUGGGGUGUUUUCUAAUGGGAGCAGGGUGGAGGUGGAGGCUGAUGUACACUGUCUGAGAGCACGGGCCUGCUCUAUACCCAUGCCUCACACACACCCCAACCCUGACCCACACACACACCCCAACCCUGACCCUCACACACACCCUAACACCUCUGUUUCACAGCAGCCUGAGCCUUUACCUCCACCCGCCUGCCAGUCAGCCCCCACCCCACCCUCGUCCCCCCCUCAGCCGUCUCCUGACCCUCAGCCCAGUCCUAACCCUGACCCUGUAGGAGGAGAGGAGCCUCUGAGGGCUGUAGAGACAGACACUGUAACACCCAAACACACUGGAGUUCAGGGACAGGAGGAGGGGCCUGGAGAGACUGGAGCAAGGCUGUGUGUGAUUGGUGGAGAGGCGCAGUUAGGGGCGGGCUCAGGCACUAGCUCGGCCAGCGGGACUCUGGGGCGUAAGGGGCGGGGUAACGGCUCGGUGGCGUGUCAGGGGCGGAGCCAGGAUGUGAUAGAGGAGGUGGGCGACGCCCCCGUCAGGAAGCAAGGGGGUUACUUCAACGCUCCGGCCCAGCCAGACCCUGACGACAAGCUCAUCAUUCCCCCUGAGCUGGAGGAGGAAGUCCGGGAGAUCAUGAAACAACAACAACAGGAGCAGAGUCAGACACACCCCCAGGACCACCAGACAUACCCCCAGCCACGGCCUGCAGCAGAAUACUAUGUCACGCCCUUCUAG